UCCGUCAGCCUACCAGAACCAGCGACCAAGACACGUGAAGGUCAGGGAUCCACUCUAAUACUAGUAACAAAUUAAAGGUUGCAGUGAGAUUUUACAUAAUAGGAGGCAGAUUGUAGGCAAAUGGAUAGUCAAGGAGUAACUGCAGAUCCUCAGCUUCAGCAAUUUAUUGAAGUGGAAUCACAAAAACAGAGGUUUCAGCAGCUUGUACACCAGAUGACGGAGGUCUGUUGGGAGAAAUGCAUGGAAAAGCCGGGCCCAAAGCUGGACUCCCGGACAGAAACAUGCUUUGUGAAUUGUGUUGAGCGCUUUAUUGAUACAAGCCAAUUUAUCCUAAACAGACUGGAGCAGACCCAGAGGAGUCGGGGGUCUUUCUCUGAGACCAUGUCUGACUAGCCUCUACUUGGACACAGGCUAGUCAAACUGGGAGGUAGAUGGGGACCUCUGCCAGACGUUGAUCUGUGGGCACAUAUGUCGCUGUCAGUUUGUACAGCAUGAAAUGUGAUGGGUGAUGGGGAGUCGAAAAUUGCAAGACAGUAAUUCAGUGCCUCCACAGGUGCCCUUGUGCCAUUUCACCGGGAACAUUGUUCAACAUCCGUGUCACCCAUUCUCCCCUCUAAGCAGACCCUAUUGGGUGUGUUGUAAUAACAUUUAAGUUUGAGAGAAAAACAAUCAGUUACCUUUCUGAGCCUUGUCAGGGUACACUGGAUGGGGUAAUUGAAUGCAUGACAGGAACUCCAAUCACCAACAAGUGUGUUAAAGGGAUUCACUGAUGUAAUGAGGAGGACUCCAGAUAGUGCAAGGAAAAAACCUUCACUGUACUUCUGCAAGCAGCAGGGACAGUUACGACCACCAAUAAAUCAAGCCACCCGACUGUGAAAUUCGCAGUAUCAGCCAAAAAAUGAAAUUUGUUCAAAUGUAUAUUUUGAAUGAAAAACCUAUUAAAUUGUAAGCAUUUGU